AUGCCCCGACAAACUUCUUCUCAGCAUUCUGUGAAGUCUAACUCGAGGAUAACUAAUAAGGAAAUGUGGAGCUCGGUCAUAGAUAAUAUAGAAACAAUAAAAGAAACCCUGGACGUUCUCAAUAUCAACAAGCAGUUGAUCACGAUCAUGGAGCAAUUGACCCUAAUGAGAGAAUCCAUAGACGAUCUAAAGACAAUUACUUACAAUAGAUAUUGUAUGAACCAUCAUAUGGAGAACUAUAACCUGAUGAAAGCAAAUAACAUGUGUAACCCCUGCCAGAACAUCCAAAAGUAUUCAUGUCAUUGGUGUGAACGCGAGAGGUAUGAGGUUCAUACAACAUCACCAAGCAAGCCUUUACACCAUCAUGGCAGAAGAUGCAUGAAGUUGCAUGCUGUGAAAUCGUUGAUAAACGUGGAGAAUAGAAACUCAAUAUCAAGUGCGGAGUCUUCGAUAGAUUCCUUGCUCACCAGUUUCAUCGAGCAGAAAACAGAACCAGAUGAAGCCGAUUGCGCUCUUUAG